UUGAUUUUUUGUUUGUUUUGUUUAGUCUGCAGGGAUUCUCGAGAUGCCGAAACGAACUACUCGCUCGUCAGAUCCGGCUUCGUCGCCACAGCCGAAGAGACUUCAGACUUCAGCACCGGCUACGACGCCAAUUAAGGAUGGAGUCGUCAAUGAGUCGAAGACAUCGAAGGCACCUGAAGUUGGGAAAAUUGGACAUCAGAAUGGAACGGAAGCUCAAAAUGGUAGGCCAAAGAAGCAAAUCCUGCUCAACGCAUUCGACAUGUCGACUGUUGGCCAUUUGAGUCCUGGACAAUGGAAGGUACUCAUAUUUCUCUUUCUGUAACACGAUGAGAAAAAACCCAGAAGAUCGCUCGGCAACGAAACGUGACCUGAAAUACUGGAUCGACCUUGCCAAAAUUCUCGAGCGUGGAAACAUCAACGCUCUUUUCCUAGCUGAUACAUAUGGAGGUUAUGAUACAUACGAAGGCAGUUUAGAUAACUGUAUUCGUCGAGCUGCGCAGUGGCCUAUGACUGAUCCAACAAUUCCGAUCAGCGCUAUGGCAGCAGUUACGAAGAAUCUAGCAUUCGGAAUUACAGCCAGCACGACAUUUGAACCUCCUUUCCUCCUCGCUAAGCGCUUCUCAACACUCGACCACUUAACAAACGGAAGAAUCGGCUGGAACAUCGUCACCUCCUGGAAGAAAGCAGCAUUCAAAGCCAUCGGCAUCAGCUCACCCAUCGAGCAUGACGAGCGUUAUCGCCAAGCAGACGAAUAUCUCCGAGUUCUGUAUAAACUCUGGGAAGGCUCGUGGAGCCGCGAGGCUCUCAUAGAAGAUAAGAAGAAUGAUGCCUACAUUGAUCCAGAUCUCGUGAGGACGAUUCAUCAUCACGGGAAGUACUUUGAUUUGGAGAGCCGACAUAUUGUUGAUCCAUCGCCGCAACGAACGCCGUUCUUGUUCCAGGCGGGGACUUCCGCAGCAGGCUCAGAAUUCGCCUCCAAACACGCCGAAGCAAUCUUCGUCACCGGGCACUCCCCCUCAGUCCUCGCCCCCAAAAUCGCCAAAAUCCGCUCCCUCGCCGCCUCCCAAGGCCGCGACCCCAAAUCCAUCAAAUUCUUCUGCACAUUCACACCCAUUAUCGGACGCACCGACGCCGAAGCCCACGCCAAGCUCGCCACGUACAAGAAAUACGCAUCCACGAUCGGUGGGCUUGUGCUCGUCAGCGGGUGGACCGGUAUCGAUUUCUCGAAGCUGGAGAUGGGGAAGACUAUUACGGAGGAGGACUCGAAGGAGGCGCAUAAGGUUACGAGUGCGCUGAGUGCGUUUACGACGACGAGUAAGGAUGUGCCGGAGUGGACGCCCGAAGUCGUGGCGGAGAUUGCGUCGAUUGGUGGAUUGGGGCCUGUGGGUGUGGGAUCGCCGAGUACGGUUGCUGAUGAGUUGGAGAGAUGGGUGAGAGAAGCUGAUGUUGAUGGGUUUAAUCUCGGCUAUGUGACUACUCCUGGUACGUUUGAAGAUGUUGUAGAUCUGCUCGUACCCGAGCUCAGAAGGAGGGGUUUGUAUCCGCGGGCUCCAGAUGAGGAUGCGGUGCCUUUGACGGCGAGAGAGAAAGUGUACGGCGCUGGACAGAUGGAGUUGAGAAGUGAUCAUACCGGCAGUCGGUAUAAGUAUGAGGUCUAUGUUGAGGACGAGCCUUAUGACAAGGAGAAGGAAGCGAGGGAGCAAAAAGAGAAGCCAGUGCCGCUUGGGCCAUGA